AUGUCAAUCGAAUGCACCAUGGAUACGGCUGAGAACCACUCCGCCAGACCCCAAGCCUCGUUGCCAGCCAAGCUACGCUGGCGACCCUACUCGACCGGAGCAGCAAAAGCAGCCAAACGACAAAAGAAGGAAGACCCCAACCCACAGGACGCCGGCACCUCCUCUUCACAACUACCACAGAACCAAGCGUUGGGUCUCCAAGCCAAAGCACUCGCCCACAAAGUCCGUCAAAAGUCUUUCCAGUCUGCCAAAGCUCACAACCUGCCUGUGGGGGUUCAGCUACAAUGGGAGGAAGCUGAGACAAUGGAGUCCAUGAGCCACGGUGGUCACCCCCACAACCAGCACCCACCUCUGUAUCACUACCAGCAACAGCAACGACAACUGCAGCAGCAACAACAGCAAGGGCGACGUCAACAACAGCAACAACAAGGGCGGCAACAAAAUACGAGUGAAAGCAAUAGCGACACCGACUCGGACUCGUACUCUACCUCACGACGACUUGGUGCCUCGUCGCUGCCUUCACCGCCCCCCUCAAAGUCACCUACAUCACCAGUGCGGACACAGCUCGGAGGAGAUCUGGAUUUGAGCCAUUAUAAGGCGAGGCUUCCGGGCUUGACAGGCGACGAUUUCUUGGAGCAUGGAUUGCCGCUCCCCUCGAUCGAGGCCAACACCGUCUACCAGGUGGCUUUGAACGACCUUUUAGAGAAUCACAGGAAGAACAUGUUGGCUGAGAAGGCACCAGCUCUGGCGAUCACCUCUGCUGCCAACCCCUCAAGUACCCUUGCUGAUUCGGCCUCUCAACAGCAGCAGAGGCGGCUGUCAGGCUCAGAACUACUCGGCAUCUCUACAAUCGAGGAGCUCCUGGUGUCAUGCGGAUACUCGGAACCUAUUGGAAAUUACAGUGGCGACACCACGAUCCGGAUCCCUGUCUCACCAGCGUCGACGGACCUGUCACUUCACUCUUCACCUCUCAGUAGUAUACUCGACCUACAGGACCACUCUUCUUCCCCCCAUAUGACCAAAACACUAUUGGACAUUUCGUCCGCCUCUUUUGAUCUGUUGAUGGCUCAGACACCCGUCUUGUUGUCAGAAGGAGACAGCAAGCAGAUUCUACUUCAGCAACAGCAGCAGCAACCAUUCGUCAUAGAUUACUCGCAAAGUGGACUCGGCUGGUCGACUUCUUCGCCUUUUGCGCAUGCUGCUACGACGCAUGACGAUCCUUUGAUCAAUGGCAACGACUCGGGUUUCUCUUUUGCCUGGCCGUCGUUGUUCCCCAAGGUGGCCGUCAGCACACAGUCGAUCUCCCGAGAGAGCAACAACACGUCCUCAGCUCCACGGGUAGACAUUGCCAUCCAGACCGACCCAACCAGUCCACUCUCACCGCCAAUGUCAGGAGCCUCUACCUCUACCGAAAGUUCGCCAAUGACUCAUCUCGGCCUGACUCAAGAGGAACUGGAUCCGGACUGGUUGACGUUCUUGGAAGAGAACUCACCACUCUUCCCUGCUGUUACCGAGUCCUCAUCAGAAGAAUCGCCCGAGCUCUCCUCAUCAUCGACUUUUGCUACAGCAGCCGAUGUCCCCACUACGCCUACGUCUACGUCGAGUUUUGGACAAAAACCCGAGCCAGUGACGCCGCCGGUGCGAGAGAAGGGGGCUUGGAAUUGGGCAGAGGAUUUCCUCAAGCAAGGAGCCAUGGCGCCAACUGGUCAUCGCAGUUUCCCAACGGCUGGAUCGUUCGGUUCUUUCAGUUCCAGAGGUGGUAGUAGUGCGGCUGGUGGUAGUGGAGGUAUGAUCAGGACGCUUCGCGGGUCAAGUGGCAUUGGUGGGGGUUCUGGCGGUGCUGCUCGGUACCAACAACAACGGUCAGGAUAUCAUACCCAAGCCGCUAGUCGUGGUAGUAGUAGUAGUAGCAAGGGUGGUAUUAAUGCUGCCUCUGCGGUUGAGCCAGCUGGUGUUGAAGGAGGUAAGAAGGAGAGUCAGGCGAAGGUCCGGAUACCAAGCGAGAGUACAAUUGAGAAUAACAAGGCCACAGCGAGGAGUGAGAAGGAGAGCCCAGGGAAGAAGAAGAAUCCCGCGGAGGAAGAGUCAAUACGAGGGGGGAAGGCCAAGACGGGCACGGACGCUAAUACGACGACGACUGAAGGAUUUGGAGGAUUGCUGGCAAUGUUCCGGGGUCUUUGGAAGGGCAACGGUGGUGAUAAGAAUGGAUCAUAG